AAUAAAACGAGUAUACUCUGAUUUUAAACCUAAAUUUCAAUAACCAUAUGUAGAACGUAACCUGUAAAUCUGUAAACAAUCCAAAGUUGAGGUACAAGCUAGUACACAACAGACAAACACUGCUUUCAGAUUGGAAUAUUAUUCUAAAUUUCAAUACAUAACGUUUCACAUACUACUCAUUAUCAAAAGUAAACAUUUUUUUAACAAAUGCCUACAAAAUACAUCAAAGUUGUAAAAAAUAAAGAAGAAAAAAAGGGUGAAGAAAGAGAAGUUGAAAAAAAUAUAAAAAAAGUUAACACCAUACUCUGCAGCACUGAUAAUUACCCCUUGGCGAAAUGGGCAAAAUACGUAAAAUCUGGAUACGUUAAGCGCGUAGCAGAUAACGAAAUAGAAGGAAAAGUGAUAGAACUAUCAGGUACGGCGAAUGGAGUUUGGAUAGCUUUACCUAAGACUAUAGACCAAGUCAUCGGCAUUCCUUACCCAUGGCUUUUCUUCAUCAUAAAGGCAAUACCGGAGAAACAACUAAUCAUAGAUGUACAGGUUCUGGACAGUACGAGCAUAAAACGAACAUUCAGGUUCGACACGAAAACUACUCUGACCAAACUUCGUCAUAUGCUGGCGUUGGUGGAUUUAAGUAUAAAACCCGGUUUUUGGACCUGCCUGGAGAUGGACUUGAUACAUCUAGUGGCCAAGAAUUAUAAUACCCGUUUCGUUCAACUCUGCCGGAUUCAAAUUCAUGGAAGUUGCAAAGUACGUCGCGUCUACACAGCGUCUAGUUACAUCACUCAAGAAGAACUCCCUCCAGAAUACAAAGUCUCUCCUGCAACGAACCUUAAUGAUCCACCGACUAAACCAACUGUUACAUAAUUAAAAGAAUACUAUUUUUUUUGUUUUUAAUGAGUUUAUUUUUCUUACGAGCUGAUUUC